AGGGCGGAAGUGGCCGAGAGGAACGGAGAAUGGCGGCGGAAGGCUGGAUUUGGCGCUGGGGCUGGGGCCGGCGGUGCCUGGGGAGGCCUGGGCUUCCCGGCCCCGGCCCUGGCCCCGCUACACCUCUAUUUCUUCUCCUGUUGCUGGGGCCGGUUGUUGCUGAUAUAACUGACGGUAACAGUGAACACCUCAAGCGGGAGCAUUCGCUUAUCAAGCCCUACCAAGGGGUCGGUUCCAGCUCCAUGCCCCUCUGGGACUUUCAAGGCAGCACUAUACUCACGAGCCAGUACGUGCGUUUGACCCCGGAUGAGCGCAGCAAAGAGGGCUCUAUCUGGAACCACCAGCCUUGUUUCCUCAAGGACUGGGAGAUGCACGUCCACUUUAAAGUCCAUGGUACGGGGAAGAAAAAUCUCCAUGGAGACGGCAUUGCCUUGUGGUACACCCGGGACCGCCUUGUGCCAGGGCCUGUGUUUGGAAGCAAAGACAACUUCCAUGGCUUAGCCAUCUUCUUGGACACGUAUCCCAAUGAUGAGACCACGGAGCGUGUGUUCCCGUACAUCUCGGUGAUGGUGAACAAUGGCUCCCUGUCCUACGACCAUAGCAAAGAUGGCCGCUGGACGGAGCUGGCAGGCUGCACGGCUGACUUCCGUAACCGUGAUCAUGAUACCUUCCUAGCUGUGCGCUACUCUCGGGGCCGGCUGACGGUAAUGACUGACCUAGAGGACAAGAAUGAGUGGAAGAAUUGCAUUGACAUCACGGGAGUGCGCCUGCCCACUGGUUACUACUUUGGAGCCUCAGCUGGCACUGGUGACCUGUCUGACAAUCAUGACAUCAUUUCCAUGAAGCUGUUCCAGCUGAUGGUAGAACACACGCCUGACGAAGAGAACAUUGACUGGACCAAGAUUGAGCCCAGUGUCAAUUUCCUCAAGUCACCCAAAGACAAUGUGGAUGACCCGACUGGAAACUUCCGAAGUGGGCCCCUGACCGGGUGGCGGGUGUUCCUGCUGCUGCUGUGUGCACUCUUGGGCAUCAUCGUGUGCGCUGUGGUGGGGGCCGUAGUGUUUCAGAAGCGGCAGGAGCGGAACAAGCGUUUCUACUGAGUGGCCGGUGCUCUGUUCCAGGGAAGGGCCUAGUUUUGGGCCCCGGCACUAAUGUGAACUUUUUUUUACUGGGAUUAUAAAAGAAAAAUAAGAUGACCUUAUUUCUUAACCGUUUCAAAGAAACAAAAGUAUUUUCGUACAUUUUGCUUUAUGCCCAGCAGGGACAGGCUGCAGGGCUAGGGAAUAGGGUUUGGCAUCCCCACAGCUGCGGACAAAGGUCCUUGCCUGUUCCCAGCAUCUUGGGAGCAGGGAGGAAACUGUGUUUGGAGCUGGGCCCUGGCAGUCAGCUCUUGAACACUGGCAGUCAGCUCUUGAACACUACCACAUUGGGGUAAGUGCCUGACGAUGUGAGCAGUGAUUUUGUUCUGUGCAGCAUGUGUUGGUAGAAGAGGAGGCUGACUGGGGAACCUUGGCCUUAUUACCCUCUGAGCUUCCCAAGGCCGACCCUCAAGUGUGGCUGGAGGAGCAAUUUGGUAGGGCUCAGAAUGUGACCAUAGGCUAAAUAAAAUGAAAUAACCAACCUCA